AUGUUUGGAAGAGGAAGGAAACCCUGGACCGCCGAUGACAUUAUACAGAAUGUUGUAGCCCAACGAGGAAAAGAUUCGAGACGCAACGUUGACCAAGAAGUGGAGUUUGGUGAGGUGAAGGAACUCGACCUGGGAUCCAGAUGUUUCUCAAGGAUUGAGCGCUUGUGGCAAUUUUCUUCCUUAACAACACUUCUCUUAAAUAAUAAUGGCAUACAGAAGAUAGAGGGCCUGAGCCGUCUGUAUAAUUUAAGAACUUUGAAUCUGUCAUUCAACGCCAUAAUGAAAAUUGAGGGCCUAGAAAAUCUGAAAAAACUGGAGGAGUUAAACUUGUGCAAUAACAACAUUGCUGUCCUGGAAAACAUGGAUUCUCUUGAGAAACUUGUUUUAUUGAAUAUGUCUAAUAACGUCCUGAAAGAACUGAGCCAAGUUCUGUAUCUCAAGAUAUUAAAACAUCUGUACACUCUCAACUUCAGUGGAAACCCCUUAAGUGAAGAGGGGAAUUACGAAUUGUUCAUAGUUGCCUUCUUUCCCAAUUUAACCUACCUUGACUACAAGUAUGUCAACAAGGAAUUUAAAGAGCGUGCAUCUGUGGAAUUUCAUAUAAAGCUUCAGAAACUCUAUGAUGAAAACGUAGCGAAAGAGACAAAAACAGAGGAAUUGAAAUCACAACAAGAAGAGCAACAAUUGCAUUUGGAUGCCUUUGUGGAAUCACUGAAUGGUUCUUUUCUUUUUGAACGCAUGUUCAAAGAUGAUCCACUGUCAGACCGACUGAAGAGUGAGAAGAUGACAGGGCUGUGUGUGCAGUUGUUUGAAACAGGUUUAGUGGAGCAUGAGCGGAGACGAGCAGAGGUGGACUCCUUCUACAGGUGUCACAGUGAUACAAUCGCACACAUCAUUCAGAAAGAAACUGAGGUACUCGGAGAAUUUGAACAGUACUUUAAAGAGAUGAAAAAAGAAUUGGCAACAUUACAAACUGUUCAAGGAAAGGAUGAAUUAAAUAAACUACAGAAAGAUCUGCUUACUCUUGAGUUCAAACUCAUAAGUCAGAUAGAGAGGAUGAUCAAAAAGCUGGAUGCAGUCCUUUCAGAAAUGCUGAGCAACUUCUGUGAAACUGCUCAAGAAAUAUAUCCUUUUGCAAAAUAUUAUGUUUCUAUUUAG